AUGAUUGAGGUGGUUUGCAACAACCGCCUAGGAAAUAAAGUCCACGUCAAGUGCAACACCGAUGACACCAUUGGGGACUUGAAGAAACUGAGAGCAGCCCAAACUGGCACUCGGUGGAAUAAGAUCAUUCUUAAAAAGUGGUACACGAUUUAUAAGGACCACGUGUCUCUGGGAGAUUAUGAAAUCCAAGAUGGGAUGAACCUGGAGCUUUAUUACCAAUAG